CAAAAUAUGCAAAAACAUACAAAAUAAAAACACAACCGUUUACAUACCGUGGAUACAAAACGUCCGUGAUCGAAUUUUACCAAUUUAUUAUUACCGUACAAAGUGUCUGCGAUAUGCAACUUAAACAAUAGAUAGUGCCACACAGCCGCCGGAGACCUAAAUGAUUUUAUUUAUUGUGAAGCCAAUUGGGUGGCCGGCGACCUAAACCUAAUUAUUUUUCAGGGGCCGCUUAGGUCGAUGGCUACCAUUUACAUUAUCUUGAAUGAAAUUUAUUUUAAUAAAAUAGAAAAAUAUAGUUUUUAUCGUGGCGUAGACAACAAACAGUAGAUAUUUUUGAAAAAAAAAACGAUUAAAAUAUAAAUUAUGUAAAUAUAAUGUGGCCUUCUACGCUCUGAAAUGACUUGGGUCGCCGGCGGCAUGUGGCGCUAUGUGACAGCCAACGUUUUAAAAGAAAUUUUGGAUAUGCCACUGAGGUAGUGAGGUUGGAUAUUGUAUACACAAUAAGAGAUUGCGUUAUCAACUACAGACACAUAUUUUUCAGAUUAAGUGCACAGUUUAUACAACAAAUUCCAAACAAUAAAAACUUAUUUCUUCGUAACAAUUUUUCUAAAGUUAAUAUAAGUUACAGUUUCUAAAUCUAUUUAUCUAUAGAUCAUAGCCCAUAGUUCUAACUUUUAAGCUUAUAAUUUCAAAAUUACAAAUACUGAGAACACUUGGGUUUAACUAUUAUUUUGAUUUUUAAUUGAUGGCAGGCUAUUUAUUUUGUAUUGUAGCUGAGGAAUUUAUACGAGAAUAUUAUUAAUUUAUAAUAUUUAAUAUUAAUUAAUUACAAAAUUAUGUUUUCAGUUGAUCAUACAAUACAGCUCAGAAUAAUUAUCAAAUACAAAUCGGAAAAUAGAGUUCAUUUUAUAAAAUUAAAAAAAAAAUAUUUUCUGGCUGAAUUAAGAAUAAUUAUAGUUACUAUGUUAUUUGCGUGAAACUAUUGGCAACCCGCGCGUGUUAUUCAAGCAUUCAAUUAAUAUUUUUUUCUUAAACUAUUAUUUCAGUAUUAUCCUUUGACUCAGUUUACUUAGAAUUCGUUUACGUUUACGUUUACGUUAAUAAUAUAAUUGUUCAAAAUGGAUGCAAGGCACAUUUUCAGCAAAAAAAUUAAUUUUUUUUGGCUGAAAAAAUGUGUCCAUUGUAGAAAAAUAAAAUCGUUUAAGCAACUUUACCACUGUUCAUGUGACACAUUAUGUCAUAAGAAAUGCCAUAUUAAAUUCGUUCAAAUGGAAAAAACAAAUAAAAUCCCAGUCGUCCAAAGUUCCAUCCAGCAUGACACCAUAGAAGACAAAGAAGACGGUUUGGUAAUUAUAGAAAAAGAUCAAAAUCUGACGAACCAAGUACAAAACACCAGCUUAGUUGUUAACAUAAUGCAGAUAAACCAAUGAUCCAUAUAAUUAUAAGUGUUAUAAUUAAAUGUGGACACCUAGUAUCCCUUUCCAUUUUCCAUUGUCCAUGUCUUAGGGUUUCCUUACAUAAAAUAUAUGUUUGUAGUUGAUCUGUAAAUUUAUGAUAAAUUUUUUUACGAUAUAAUACUCAACAUUUAUAAAAUAGGUACAAGCUGUCCCCGUGCACUUCGUCACCAGUACAAAAUGCACCCGUUUUAUGUUUGGUUGCCUAUAAUGCUAACAAUGCAAACAUUUAGCAUAAGGAUAAAAACUAAUUUUGGUUUUCUGAUUUGGUGUAUAGACGAUAUCUCCGACAUAUCAAUUUUACAUCACUGUACCGCCUAGAGUUGCAUUUUUUCAAUCGAUUAACCGAUUAUGUACCAUUCGUUAAAAAUAAUCUAUUAUUCGAAUAAUCGAUUAAAUAAUCGCACAGCCCUAAACAAAAUAAAGAGGUAAUAUAUUGAGGUCAUUAAUCGGGAUAAAAACUAUCCUAUCUUAUGACACGGAUAAAAUUACACACAUUGAUCAUAAUUUCAUCAAAAUCGGUUGAGUAGUUUCGGAAUGCAUCAAGAACAUGAAAAUGCAAAUGUAUAUUUAUAGGUAUACAAUUUAUACAAUUUACACGUAUAUUUUAAUUAGUAGAUAACUCAGAGGUUUUUUAACUUAAGAUUUUCAUUUCAUAUUUAUAUAUUUUGAUAAUGCAAGAUAAUAUUAUUUAUUAUUUAGUAUCAUAAUUUUGUGUAAAAACAAUAUAAUAUAUACGUAUAUUUGCGGUAACAUCCCACGUAACAGAAAUAAGAUAGAGCAAUAGAGGGGAUCUCCUACUAAACCUACUAAAAAAGAGAUUACUUCUGCUAAUCCCGGCUCUUUUUGAAUAUACCUACAAUACCUAAAAAUAAUUCAAUAAUAAUAUUGCUUAAAGGAUAUAAUAUACGGAGUGGAAACUGAAGUUAACGGUUUGGACAAGAAUAAUGUUAUAUCUACUUCAGGUGAUCUGCAGGCUGCUGGUUUAAUAAAUAGGGAUUAUGUGGAAUUAAAUGAAGAACAAGAAAUGCAAGUAUCUGCGCAUGUAAAAACAAAAAUGCCUUUAGAAAAAGCUGCUGAUUUAAAAGAUAAUGUUGGUGAAUAUUGGAAUGAGUUUUAUUCUGUCCACCAAGAAAAGUUUUUUAAUAACAGAUGGUGGUUAUUUACUGAAUUUUUAGAAAUAACUCCACUUAAAAAUGAAAAGCCAAGAGCUAUAUUAGAAGUGGGACGUGGAGUUGGAAAUUCGGUCUUUCCUAUAUCACACUGUGCAGAGAGCAAUGUACAUGUUUACUGUAGUGAUUUUUCUUCAAAUGCCAUAAAAAUCCUAAAAGAAAAUUCAGAAUACAACAAAGAACAUUGUACAGCAUUUGUAUGUAAUAUAACUAAUGAUGAAUGGAAUGCUCCAUUUGCUUUGGAGAGUUUGGAUGUUAUAGUAUUGGUUUUUGUUCUUUCCGCUAUGCAACCUGAAAAAUUAAAACAAGUAGUAGGUAACUUUUACAAGUACUUGAAACCAGGGGGUAUGGUAUUGUUUCGCGAUUAUGGUAGAUACGACAUGGCACAGCUAACAUUUAAAGAAGGGAGGUGCAUAUCGGAAAAUUAUUAUAGUAGAGGUGAUGGAACAUUGAUAUACUUUUUUACUCAAGACGAUGUCAAGCAGUUGUUCCUAGAAGCAGGCUUUGAACAAGUUCAAAAUAUUGUUAAUCUUGUUGAUCGUCGUAUGCAAGUAAAUAGUGGUAAAGAGUUAAAAAUGUAUCGUGUUUGGAUUCAAUGUAAAUAUAAGAAAUCAAUUUUGUAA